AUGCCACCCAGUUCGUCAAGCUGCUGUAUCCGAGUCCUGAGUGGCGCGUUGGUUAGGUCCUACUCUACCAUUCCAACGCUCGUGAAGCCUUACACCAAAUCAGUUCAAUCAAUCAUGUCGACCUCACACCAAGACAGCAGAAUGGCAGAACACAGAAGGCAGAACGAGAACCAUGACCCACCCGCAGAUUCACGGUCACAGCCGCAACCACAAUCACACCAACCUCCAAUGACAACGAUGAUUCCGAGUCGUCGGCACAGAGACAAAUCAGGACUCCCCUACACAAUCCACUUCCACUCCUCCACCAAAGAGAAACCAACGCGCCAUCUAUUCCUCACAGGGCUCCCAUACGCCCUUCUACACAUCAGGUUCUUCCACGGAACUUUCAUGGAUUACAUACCAAAUCCCCAGGCGCGGGUUGACGCUGAGGAGAAAUCCCACCGAGUUAUCCAUUGUAUAUGGAUCCGUACGAAAGACCUACGGUCUCGGGGGAGGGACACAGUGGGUCGGGAGGUGGAGUCGACGCUUUUGGGAGACGGGGAGAGGGUUGUGCGUGAGGAGCACUGUGCGGUGUUUCCUGCUACUCUUAAGGUUUUUUUGCAUUCGAUAUAUUGGAUUGGAAAGGAGGAGAGUGGUUUGGAGGAGGAUGAGAUGACUUUGUGCAGGGCUUGA